AAUUAACUAAUGAUGAAACUACAUCUUGAUCUGCUGUGGUAUCGUUGUUUCGGGCUAAGUAUGACUGAGAGUGUUAAAUGUUCAACACGUCGUUUAUUCAGAGAUACAAGGUGACCAGGGUAUCUUCACCGACUCAAGGUUUCAGGAUGAUGUUCUACACGCAACUGUUUUCAUCUAAGCGAGACUCGUUAGCACGUGUCUGGCUGGCAGCGCACUGGGACAGGAAGGUCACCAAGGCUCACGUCUUUGACUGCAACCUGGAGAGCACUAUCAAUGAAAUUAUUUCUAAAAAGAUGAAAAUUGGCUUGCGCACGUCUGGUCACCUGUUAAUGGGAGUAGUGCGCAUCUACUCCAGAAAAACCAAGUAUCUCCUUGCAGACUGCAGCGAUGCACUGGUUAAAAUAAAGUUGUCUUUUAGGCCGGGGCAGACUGAUUUGCCUGUGGAGGGCCUGGAGGCAGCGAUUGAAUCAAUUACCUUGAUUGAAGAUUUUACUGCCUUCGACGCUCAGCUGCCUCACCCAAAUGCAUUAAGUGUUGCAGACAACUUUUCCCUUAACCAAUCGCGGUCGGAGGAAAUUACACUGAAAGAGGACUUUGGGAGGGACUUCCGCAACCUAAUGGACUUUGGGAAUGAGUCUCAGUGCCACAUGCAGGGCUUACUGGAUAUGCGCCAUCAUGGGGACUCCUUUGGCGACGAGAACAAAGGAUAUGAUCUUCUUGACUUCUUGGCAAACUUGAAGGGGGACACAGAAGAAUCCAUGGACUUCAUCACAGCGGUCCUUCAGAAGGAAACACCAGAAACUGCUCUCCUGAAUAUUCAACCAAUCGAUGAUGCUUCAAGUGUUCCCAUUGAGGCAGAGGACCACGGGGUCAGCGAGACCACCCUGCUGGUCAAUGAGGAGGAAGGCUUUGCUCUGGAUCCUGUGGCCGUCACACCCACUACGGGGAGGAAGAGGGGCAAGAGGAAGAGGAAGAGGAGGCUGGUGGUGGACCAGAACAAGGGGUUGAGCAACAAGGACAUCAGAGAGCAGCUUGCGGACGCCUCCGACCUGUGGAGCGCCCCGGACAUGGCCCCGCCCACCGUCCAGCUCAUGCGUUGGAAGGAGAGUGGAAGGGCCCGCACUCUGUUUGGACGGUUCUCUUCCACCGUUGUUAGUUCACAACUUCAGCAGCUUUUUAGCCAAAGUAUUUGGCUAAUUGGGUUGGGAGAUGAUGGAGCCGCAGAGGAAAGUGACCCUGAGCCGAUGCGCAAGGACACGCUGGAGGUUCAGGAGAACACAGGCAUCAUCAGCCCAGGAACCACAGGGCUCACAGAGGAGUUGGUGAGCCCUGAGAUGUCCAUGAUCUCCCUGAUGGAGAUCGAAGAGCGUUCUCCUAACAAUACCGACGGCUCUUUGGAGAGAGCUAGAGAGGACAACAUGUGGGAGGUCUCCCACCAACAACUUCCCUCAGAAGCGGACUCGAUGUUUGUCAACCCGACAGGCUUGGCCAACGGUUCUGACUCUGAGACUGCCGUUCACACCCAGUCAAGGCUGGACAGCCAAGAUGAGAAGGAGAAGAUGACCAAUCAAGUACUGAAGCUUCUCCAUGAACUCAAAGCCCAGAGCACCGAUACGUUCAGCCUCCAGGCGAUAUGUGAGGGAGGCACCCGCUUGCGCGUGGCAGCCGUCUUCUUCGGCCUCCUGGUCCUUCAAAAGGAGCAGGCCGUUGAGCUGCAGCAGACCACGCCCUAUGGGGACAUCAUGGCCACACCCGGGUCCAGGUUCAACCAUCUGUAGUGUAGUGUAGAGCAGAGCCUAGCUGAACCGGGCGGGGUCCAUCCCUCAACACCAGCACCAGUAGGACUCUUACUAGGACGAGUAGAACUGGUGGAAAUAGUACCAUCCACUAAGAAAUUUUCAUACGUGUUUAUAUGUUGAGACAGCAAGUAGCAGUUCUUGUUUUGGUUAUUACUAGGUAAUGCUAUGAACUGUUCUGACAUUACCCUGAACUAUUAGUGGCAUACAAGUGACCCUGAAUUUUAAACUUAAAACCCUAUUCACUAAGGUUUUUCUACAAUGCAAUUCAUUCUGAUGUUGAAUGGUUGUUAUUCUUAACUUAAUAUAUUAUUAUAAUACAUUCACAUCAUAUUUUUUUUAACAGACAAAAGUUCAUAAA